AGAUAGAUAGAUAAUAAUUUAGUAAUAAUUGUUGGUUUGUCUAACUUAGUCAAAUCUAAAGAAAGUUCGUGGAAGCAACCUUCACCACCGUUAAUCAAUUCUUUCCACUGUUAGUUCCCACCCUUCUUCUGUACUCACUUUCUCUCACAACUUCUUCAAGGCUAGGAUAAUAAAGAAUUUAUGGGUGGAUCACAUUCAAAACGGAGAAGCUCUAGGCAACUUUCUUCAUCCUCGAGAUCAAAUCCGCUGUUUCCGCAGUAUCAAUCACCUUAUCUACCACAAACACAAGAUCAUGGAGCAAUGGGGUAUAAUUAUGGGGCUCCACCUCCACCUCAAAACUAUGGUAGUGGUGGUAGUCAUGCUUCUCAACAAAGCAAGAGAUCAGAUAAGAAGUAUACAAGGAUAGAUGAUAACUAUAAUAGUUUGGAACAGGUAACUGAAGCUCUAGCAAGUGCUGGCCUGGAGUCUUCCAAUCUCAUUGUUGGUAUCGAUUUUACAAAGAGCAAUGAGUGGACAGGUGCACGCUCAUUCCAAAGGAAAUGCCUGCAUCACAUCGGGCAUGAACAAAAUCCAUAUGAACAAGCUAUAUCUAUCAUUGGGAAAACAUUGUCAUCCUUUGAUGAGGAUAACUUGAUUCCCUGCUUUGGAUUCGGAGAUGCGUCAACACAUGACCAGGAAGUUUUUAGUUUCAAUGAUGAUGAUAGAUUUUGUCAUGGAUUUGAAGAAGUGCUGACACGGUAUAGGGAAUUGGUUCCUCAAUUAAGGCUUGCAGGACCCACAUCAUUCGCCCCAAUCAUUGAGAUGGCAAUCACCAUAGUUGAGCAAAGUAAAGGCCAAUACCAUGUUUUAUUGAUUAUAGCAGAUGGGCAGGUGACAAGAAGUGUUGACACUGAUCAUGGACAAUUGAGUGCACAAGAAAAGAAAACUGUAGAAGCUAUUGUAAAAGCUAGUGAAUAUCCCCUGUCAAUCAUAUUAGUUGGAGUUGGAGAUGGGCCAUGGGACAUGAUGAAACAAUUUGAUGACAACAUACCUGCUCGAGCAUUCGAUAAUUUCCAGGUAUGUUCAAAGCAUAUUCUGUUUAUACUUUUAAUAAUGAUUCUAAACUUAUUUUUCCUUUCUCUUUUGCUUUGUCUUGUGCAGUUUGUGAAUUUCACAGAAAUAAUGUCAAAGAACACAGAUCGGUCUAGAAAGGAAGCCGAGUUUGCACUUUCUGCCUUGAUGGAAAUACCUUCCCAGUACAAGGCAACACUAGAACUUAAUAUAUUGAGCAAUCGUAGAAGGAAUGGCGAUAUACACAGGAUUCCUCUACCACCACCUCAAUAUGGUGCAUCAUCAUUCAACACCCCAAAGGUUUCCCAUCAAAACAGUUUUCGUCCCAGUGCACCGUCUCAAAAACAGAGUGUUGGCACGAACCCCCAUGCAAGUUCUGCUUCUGAUAAUCAGUUUUGUCCCAUUUGCCUCUCCAAUCCGAAGGAUAUGGCCUUUGGUUGCGGGCAUCAGACUUGCUGCGAGUGCGGCCAAGAUCUUCAGUUAUGCCCUAUUUGCAGGAGUAGCAUUGAUACUAGAAUAAAGCUUUAUUAGAUUUUAUCUUGUGCAUGACUUUUGGUAUGUAUGGAACCUAGUUUUCUGCAAGUUUCUUGAUGACUAGGGAGGAAAUGGGAGGAUGGGGGGGGAAGGUUCCUCAUUGUAAAUAUUUUAUUUUUAUACAAUUUCAUACUCAAGAGUCAAGUCCAUGAUUUGAGUGCAUUUUAUUUUAUAUUAUAGCGUUGGUUCUCCAUCGAUA